AUGCUUACAAUGUCUACGUUAAUGAUGCCAGCUGCCACCAUGACUACGAUGACUAACGCUGGACCUAUCCCGGUCGCGGCUGCUACUAAACUUGAGCCCAAGUUGCUCCAACUGCCCCACCCUGCACUGGUGCCUCAGAUGCCUCAACAACAGCCACAGCCCCACCAUCACCAGCACCCACAUAGCAACAAUAAAGUUGGAUGGGAGGAUUUGCGUCGUCAGGGCCAUAAUUGGGGCCAACACGGAUUAUCAGUACAAGAACACUACCACAUUUUCGUGGGAGACCUCAGUCCUGAAAUCGAGACACAGAGCCUGCGGGAUGCCUUCGCGCCGUUUGGAGAGAUUUCUGACUGCCGUGUAGUCCGCGACCCACAGACUCUGAAGUCAAAAGGAUACGGAUUCGUGUCAUUUUUGAAAAAAUCGGAGGCUGAAUCAGCCAUAACAUCAAUGAACGGCCAGUGGCUCGGGUCUCGGUCGAUCCGCACCAACUGGGCUACGCGCAAACCACCAGCGCCGAAGAAUGACUUAAACUCAAAACCGUUGACCUUCGAUGAAGUCUACAACCAGAGCUCUCCAACCAACUGCACGGUGUACUGCGGAGGCCUGACUACUGGCCUCACUGAGGAGUUGAUGCAGAAGACGUUCCAGCCCUUCGGAACUAUCCAGGAGAUCCGUGUCUUCAAGGACAAGGGUUAUGCCUUUAUACGAUUCUCAACCAAGGAAAGUGCGACGCACGCCAUUGUGGCUGUUCACAAUACUGAUGUUAAUGGCCAACCGGUCAAGUGCUCAUGGGGCAAGGAGUCAGGGGACCCCAACAACGCACAGGCUCAAGGACAGAUCCCCACAGCCUACAGCCCAUUCGGCGCGACCUACACAGGCGGUGUUCCCCCAACCUCAUAUUGGUACAACACCUAUCCGCAGCAGCUGGGAGGAUUCCUCCAAGGCGUGCAGGGGGUGCAGGGGUACACCUACGCUGGACAGGCGUUCGCAGGCUACCAGCAGCAGUAUAUGGGCAAGGAGUACAACCAGUGGGCUAAUACAAAUGCCUGUUCCAGCAUGGGGGGUGUCCAGCUACCCUGGGCCUUGGGGGCCGGAGUGGGAGGCGUGGGGUCAGUUGGUGGGGUCGCCGCUAUGUCCCAGCCCCCACAGGUCUUGCAUUACCCUGUGCAACAUUUCCAAGUUCAACCGAUCGGUGAAGACGAGUGGCUUGCUCCAAGCCUCCUUGUCUGA